CACGUUCAAAAACAUCAUUCCUUCAUUCUCAUAUCAAAGCAUUCAACUUCUUUUGGCGCGACAGUAGAAUCAGUCACUGGAUCCCAUCAAUGUCUCAUUUACAUGAAAGUCAAGUUGUUCCAUGGUGCACUGAGGCACUCAAUAACCCAAAUCGAUUUGCUGAGAUCUACACCACCCUGGCUAAACGUGAAGGCGAACGAGCUGUGAACCAGAAAAAAUCCAAGAAAACUGCAUACCAGGUCGAUUCGGCUUCUACACCUGAUAACAAACAUAGAAAUCGAUGUGUGUCUAUUCUCUGAUCUUGAAACUGUAGUUUCACUUACGGGUCGUAACUCAACAAUAUAUGAUAUCAAUCUUUAGAUUGCAAUAUCUUACCCUACGAUUCAUGCCGGGUUCACAUUCCCAAAAGUAUUUGUCGCAGUGAUUAUAUUAAUGCAAAUUGGAUCAACGAGCCCGGUUUUGAUCCUUCGGUUCAACUCCAGGACAACCCUGCUGGCGAUGAAUAUAGUCCAAGGCGCUGGAUUGCAUCUCAGGGACCUACACGCGAGACUCGAUACGAAUUUCUGUCACUAUUCCUGCACCCUGAUCCGGCCUCAAGACCCCGCACAAUCAUUCAACUCACUGCCUGUCAAGAAGGUCACAGAGAAAAAUCGGCUCCUUAUGUGCCUAGCAAAAUCGGAGAAACCAUCGAAUUUUCCGCUUGUUAUCCUUUCCCCAGGCAGAACGCCGGAGAGAAUGAGCGACCACGUUGGAAGACUGUAGACUCUCAUAAUGAUCCCGAUGGGUUGACUUACCCAUCCAUCAGCGUCACACUAGAAGAAUCUGUCUUGGGUCCAUCGUACCUCGAAAACGGCGUUGCACAUACGGCCAACUCUACUUCGGAAAGUUUCUACAAAAAGAAUGUCUUGAAGAUCACCCUUGGACGAGGUGAGGCCGAUGACUCCUCAGCCAGUUCUGAAGCAUCUUUGCUCCCUCAAUGUCGUGUGACGCACUUUGAAUGUGUGGACUGGCCAGACCAUGGUACGCCCGAAGAGGUCGAACCGAUCAUCGAGCUUAUCAAUGCAGCUCAACUGGAGUCUCACGAGGCAAUAACAGCUUCGACCAUGACAAGUGCUCAACCAUUUCAGACUCACUUGGUUCCUCUUCUUGUACAUUGCUCUGCCGGCGUUGGUCGAACCGGCACCUUGAUUGCGAUUGCAAGUUGUAUGCGACGAAUAAACCUCUUGAGAAAGUCUUGUUCAGGAUUUGGCGCCUUAACUCCUCAACAGAAGGCGGCCAGACUAUCUGAUCAAUCUCAGCUCGGUCAAGUUGGGCUGCCUGGAGUGAGGUUACCUAGCCUACCAUCAGGUUUAGAUCAUGACUUGGUAGCCCGGACUGUUGAUCAUUUAAGGGAACAACGGGUUUGCAUGGUCCAGACCGACAGUCAACUUGCUUACAUCUAUAAAGCGGUAGCUAGUGUUUUAGGCUCAGUCAUAUACCAGAUGUAA